GGGCUCCAUAUGAGUCAGUGGGCAUGCUCACUGGCUCGCUACUGUUUGCUCCCUCACUGGCUCACUUGCAUUAUCUCCCUUCCCCCAUUCCCUUUCAGUGAUACAGAAAACCAGCGCCCCCUCCCUCCCUUAUUCCCCCUCUGUUCACGUUACAAUGCCCCCUCCUCAAUUCUCCCACCUCAUCACUUUGCCCGUGUGGUCACAUGUUCUCCUUUUUGUCACUCUUGUGCAACCUCCAUGCCAAACUGCUUUCAUUGUUCACUCUCAGCAUCACUCUGGGAAUCCCCCCCCACCUUUUCCAACAUCCCACCCCUUCCCUGGCAUUCACCAGAGUGCCUAGCUGCCACUUACACUCAUUGAAUGUGCAUCUCUCGAGUACAUUAGCUCUCCUCCUUGGCGAGCAGCGGACUGUUUUGCAUCUCGCAUGUGAGCGGAUUGCUAAAAAUGUUAAUCUGGUCAAGGUUCAUUCCGUGUUGCUCCGGAUGGAGAUUGGUCAGGUUGAUGUGGGGUGGUGGGAGGGUGGUCGGAAUGAGAAGCGAUUUCCCCCCCCAACCCCCUUCCAUUAAAUCCCCGUUAACAGAUUAAUUAUCUUCGGGCAACAUGGUGUUGGGCGUUAAGAUACGGAGGGCAAGAAUGAAAUGAUAAAGGGUCCCCGAGGGGUGUCUCCUUAAUCUUAAUCCCCCUUUCCCUCACUCUCUCUCUCUCGCUCUCUCGCUCUCCCUCUCUUUCCUGCUCGCUCGCUCACUCGUCCUCACUGAGAGCUCCUCUCCCAUCCAUCAACGCGAGCGGCUCUCCGCUGUCACCCGACAAGCAUGCAAUUAUUGGCUCUUUAAUAUUUCAACAGCUGCAAGAAUUACUCGCGCUUUCUGGCCAAUUGCUCUGCCGCCCCUUCUGCCACAUUUUGACUAAUUCUUUGGCAUGUCUCCGAGUUUUUUUUGUGUUGUUUUUUUUUAAUCCCAGCAGGAUGUUUUUGCAAGAGCAUCAGGCGUUGAUUGCUGGCAGUAUACUUUGAGUGGGUAAAUAUUACACAAGCAGCGGCGAAAAGCGGCAGAGCAUCAAGAGAAGCCUUCCAACGCAACUGUCAAAGGGUGGAGGAGGGGCCCCAGUGACAGUGGACAAUGGCUGCCAUGACGACGGUGCCCAGCUAUGCCCCUUCGCUAUGGGUGCGGAUGUGUCAUGCUCUCCCUCGGCUGGACCUCACCAUGCAAAUGAGGGACAACCUUUUUGCCCCGGACAGCUGGGAGUACCAGCAGACCCUGCUGGUUUUAUCCAGUUUAUCGGCCAUCGCCCUGGUUAUCUCCCUCUUGGUGAUUCUGUCCUUCCUCAUACACUACUGCUGCUGUCACCGUGGCGACCGCGGCGAGGGAUCUGAGGAGGAGGAAGAGGACGAAGACGGCAGCACGGGUCACGGCUACGGCGGCAAGAAGGGUCGAGGGAUCUGCUGCGUCACGUGGGUGGCCGUGGCGUCUGUCACGCUGUGCUGUGUUGCCAUAGGCAUCGGUUUCUAUGGCAACAGCGAGGCUAAUGAUGGGAUGUAUCAGUUGACCUCGUCGCUUCUCACAGCCAAUUACACGCUAGCUUCCAUCGAUUUGCUGAUUUCCGAUACAAUCAACGGUCUGCAGCUGUCCGUCUCGGGCCCGCUGACCACAAUGGAGGAGAUGUUUACGGGCAGCAAACCCUUCCUGGUUUCCACGCGGAACUGCCGGAGGUUAUCCGAGAACGUCAUCAGCCUCCUCUCGUCCAUCUCUGUGGCGCGGUUCGGCUUGGACGCGGGACCGGGCAACGAUAGCGGCGUCAGCGGGGCCUCCAUUAUACCUCUGACCCCGGUGCCACCCUCAGUGGCCCCCACGGCGGCGCCCUCGGGCGGCCUCAUGCCCGGCCCCUUUUCACCUGGCUGGGCGGCCAACACGUUAAUGAUGAAUGAGGACUACAGGUGGUUGUCAUACGUCAUGCUGCUGCUGCUCGACCUCAUCGUGUGUCUCUUCAUCCUGCUCGGACUGGCCAAGCAAGCUCGAUGGCUGCUAAUUUUAAUGACUGUGCUGGCCUGGCUGGCUCUCUUCCUAAGUUGGGGCUCGCUGGGCUUGGAGACGGCCACCGUGGUGGCUCUCAGCGACUUUUGUACCGAUCCAAAUUUGUUUGUGCUCAAUUCCACAAAUUUCAACACAGGAACCAGCUCAGACGUGCUGGAUUAUUACCUGACCUGCAGCCGACGCAUGAACAGUCCGUUCCAGCAGAUCCUCACCCAGUCCCAGAGGGCCCUGUCCAACAUCCACACACACCUUUCCAGUGUGGAACGUAACGCCCUCACACAGUUCCCCAAAGCUGAGAAAUCACUCAGGGAUGUUCAACAGAUUCUCAACAGCACAGAGGGCAACUUCCACCAGCUGGUGGCCCUGCUCAACUGCCGAGGCCUCAACAAGGACUACAUCGACUCACUGAAAGGUCUGUGCUACGACGGGAUGGAGGGACUCCUCUACCUCUCCCUUUACUCCUUCCUUUCGGCUUUGGCCUUCACUGCCAUUCUUUGCUCUCUGCCCGGUGCCUGGAGGAGCUUUCCAAGUGAAUCGGAAGAGUACGAGGACUCGGACAGCGAGAGUGAGGACCCCUUCACCUCCCAUCAGGCACGUAGACAGACGGCCUCGGGGUCUCAGCGCGGGGCCAUGGCCCCCUUCUAUAAUUACCCGGGGGCCGGGUGGACACCCCCCUUUUCUAGCGCGCCGCCCCUCCCUACUCUCCCAGCAUGCUGACUGGUUACGGGGGAAGUCAAUCACACCCUAACCCCACCCAUUCGAGGAACCUGUAUUCACGUUGAUAACUAAUUUUCUUUUCUUAGCAAAUGUAUCGAAGAAAAAAAAACAAAUGUUUAGUUUUCAUAUGAAGGGACACUUUAAAAGGAACGGAACUUAAUCGUAAAGAGAAAAAAAAAAAGCUUUAGCGUCGCGUCUAACGUUGGUACCACUGAGUAUUCUUGUUCUGACAAUUCUGAUGAUUAGAAGCACUUAUUUGGGGGGGAAAAAAAAACAACAACCAAGGAGCAGGAGUGAAAAGCACUAUGGGCACGCCAAUAUGAUGUGAAAGCAAACCCUCCCCUUGUUUGUCCAAACUGUGUAAACUGUGAACAGUGGUGAGGCAAGUGGAGAAUGGUAUUGACGUGACUACGUUAUGUCGUUUUAUAUUCUUCAAUGUAUCACCCAUUGAUUUGAAAGUUGUUUUAUAUAUACGGUAUAUAUAUAUAUAAAUAUGACAUUGUUGUAGAAAAAGCACUGGCACGUAGCAACAAAAGCACAUGUUUUCUUUUUUUUCUUUCUGUCAAUGGUUAUGCAGUUCCCCUUCACUUGGUAUAUAUUUUUAUUCUUACUUUUUAUAGGUGGUAAUUCUGUAUUUUCUGUGUAUUACCUUAAGCUAUUCUGUAUCUCACUGUCUAUAUCUGAAUAAUAAUCAUCAUUUCUCUUUUAAAAGAAAAUAAUCACCGUGGUUGAGGGCUACGAGAGCCUUGUUUGAAUGGAGAACCCUGAAAGAACUACAAAUCCCAUGCAACAACAGCAGGUACAGAGCAAUAAUGUACAGUGGGUAAAGAAAGUCUACACAAUAUUGUUCAAAUGCCAAUUUUUGGUGAUGUAGAAAAAUCUGACCAAGUUGAAUCAUUUUUCAAAUGUUUUCCCACUCAAUGUGAAGUAAAGCCUGUACAAUUUUGGGAAAAAAUAUUUGAGAAGGUAAUGACAAUGGUGAUGAUGUGGUUGCACAAGUGUGCACACCCACCUCGAGGGAUGUUGCUGUGUUCAGAAUUUGAGUGUGUACACUUUUGCAUGAUCUCAUUUGGUUUUACGAGGUGAGUCUGGUUUUACGAGUUAUACUGGUCGAUUUAUGUUCCGCUCAUUUUUUGAGGUCACAAAAUCCUGGCAUUUGAACAGGGGUGUGUAGACUUUUUAUAAGCAUUGCAUAGCACAGCAUUGGGUCUCCAAGAUGUUUUUUUUUUUUUUUUUUGUAUAUUACGGUAUGUUGGAGAUCUCAUUGAAUCCUCCUCCCACCCGACCCUGUUAACUCCUCCAAUUGAGUUUGUACUCUCAAUGCUCCUUUUGAAUGGCAUCCUUUUACACUCAAGAGUCUAAUAUGAAUAAUAAUAACAAUAAUAAAAAAAAUCUAAACCUGA